CCCGUGACGGAUACGUUUCUAAAUAUGUUAAAGCUGCUGGUGGACGGCAGUGGUCGGAUGUGAAGCCAUGGACGACAGUAUCUCCCGCAUGCAGAUGACUUGCUGUGUGAGAUGCAGGAGCUUCUCCUUUUGCUGUUCUCGCGACCCCGCGGCCGACUCUCGAUUGGUCCGCCGCCGGUAGUCUUCUUUGGACUCGCCUGCUUGACGCUCGCUUUUGGGAAGUUUGGAGGGGAUCCAGUCGACGAACGGAAUCGACGGGUGCGCCGCUUGGAUGCGUUGGAUCUCGGCGAGGAUGACCUUCAUCCUUCGAUCACGCUUCUCCCGGUACGCGGCUGCGCUCUCUCUGUUCUUCGUGUUCUUGACAUCCACGAGGAUGGGACUCCCCGCGCUUUGUUCUGACAUGGUCAGCCGAUGGUGACGAGGAACAAUCUUUCGCUUCAAGUUGCGCCGCUCAAUGGCCAGACGGCGCUGAAUAGCCGACGCGUUUAUCACGGAAGCAAACAGGCUGGACGUCGUACGUGACCGAACCCCAGGCUCUUCCUUGACGUGGAUCGAUGGGAGCAUUGGACGGCAGCGCUGUUGACUAUUCCAUGCCAUUGGUGUCGAAAUCGAGUCAUGUAACGAUGGAAGCGGUUUCACGUCGGUCGAGAUGUGCAUCGGCGCAAGGAACGACGACGACGGAGGAGGCAUGGCUGGGAGGUACCGGCGCGGUGACGUGGUGGGGUUGUACUGGGCUUCGUGGUCAAGCUGGGACGACCCAUAAGUUGUGGAUGGAGGCGACGACAUCGCUGCCUGGUCGGGGCGAUGGCAAUACGGCUGGCUCUCGUGGUUUGUCCCAGGCAGCACAGACCAAACUAAAUGCUGCUGCAUCAGGCUGGGCAAGGUCUUGCUCUGUGGAGUGUACUGGAGCGUCUGCGAGUGCAUGGCAGUGUAUUCGUGGAAUCGCAUUGUCUGCGCCGUGUUGAAAAGAUGGUCCACGUACAUCAUGAUGGGGGCGGCGGCGGCGGCGACGAACGAAUCUGG